AUGGACGAAAUUAAAUUAAGUGAUGAUGUAAUUGAACAAAUAAAAUAUUUUAAUCCUUUUCAUUUGACUGAAGAACAAGAAUCGUUAAUUGAUAAACUAAUAACAGACGAAGAUUUAAAAGAACGUUAUGAAGAAAAUGGUUUAUGUAAAAAAUGUAACCAGAUUAGGAUAAAUACGGAUUUUUGCAAUUAUUGUGUACUUCAACCAAAUUUCAAAAAUUGGACAAGUGGAAAUCAUAUCGUUGACGAAUUUAUUCAAAAAGCACAAUUAAAAGCUAAAGAUAAAUACCAUAUCAUAGAGUGGAUUGAAUAUGAUAAAUUUGAAGAUGUUGAAUAUUUAGCAAAGGGGGGAUUUGGAACUACUUUUAAAGCAGUUUGGAAAGAUGGUUAUAUUGAUAAGUGGGGUUAUAAAAAUGAUCAAUGGAAACGAGGUGGUAAAACAAAUGUCGCUUUAAAGUGUUUACAUAAUUCACAAGAUAUUGCAGCGGAUUUUUUAAAAGAAGUUGAAUCAAACAUUUUAGUAUAUAAUAUUUUCAUAGUUCGUUGUUUUGGCAUUACCAAAGAUCCAAAAACAAAUAAUUUUAUGAUGGUAAUGGAAUUAAAAAAUGGUAGUUUAAGACAACAUUUAAAUAACAACUUCACUUUACUGAAUUGGUAUCAAAAGUUAGGUAGUUUAUACACUAUUGCAAUGGGUCUUCAAGAUAUUCAUAAUAAUGGAUUUAUUCAUCAUGAUUUUCAUUCUGGAAAUAUAUUAAGCAAUUUUGGUGGAGAUGCUUAUAUUACUGAUUUAGGAUUAUGUCAACCAGCAAAUGUUAAAUCCUCUCAAAAUAGUAAAAAAGAAAUAUAUGGAGUAUUACCUUAUGUAGCUCCUGAAGUUUUAAAAGGAAAAGAAUAUACUCAAGCAAGUGAUAUUUAUGGAUAUGGAAUUAUUGCAUAUGAAAUUUGUACAGGUUUCCCUCCUUAUUAUGAUAUAGCUCAUGAUGAAUUCUUAGCAAUGAAAAUUUGUAAUGGAUUGAGACCAAAGUCUAAUUAUAGAAUUCCUCAAUUAAUUUUUGACAUUAUUAAUCAAUGUUGGGAUGCUGACCCUUUAAAACGACCUAAUGCAAUUAAUCUAUUUGGGUUAAUUGGUGGUUUAUGGUCUGAUAAAAAAGAUGUGAAUUCUGUAAUUUCUGGACAAGCUAAAGAAGCAGAUGAUAUUAAUAAGAAUUUAUCAUUUUCAUCACUUUUAAUAUCUAGUGAUAAUAGUAUACCAUAUACGACACAUCCUCAAGCAGUUUAUACAAGUAAACUUUUAGAUUUUAAAAAUCUUCCAGUACCAAAAAAUGCUGAUAAUAAUGAAAUAGAAUAUUCAGAUUCCUUAAAAAUGGAUUUUGCUAAACUUAAUAUUAAUUCUAAAGAUAAAAAUAAUUAA